UAUUUUCAAACGUUGAACAAUAGGAGUACUCAAAAACAAUCGCCCUAUAAAUACCACAUGAAUGGUAUCCAUCUCCAACCAUUUUCACAGUAAUCACCCCCACCUCUUUUUUCUUUCAAGCAAUUUCAAAACUCACUUCAAUGGCUCUUCGAAUUCAACACGUUCCAAUUUUCUUCACAAUCUCACCCAUCACACUCUCCACCAACCCAAAAGCCAAACCCCCAAGAAUCUCAUGCACCAAUAACAACAACGAUGUAUCACUUGCAUCAGAGUUUGCAGAGAAAGCAUCCAUAAUCAACGCACGUGCAAAGCAAGCAGAAGAAGCAAUGAGAAAGAGCAGAAACAUUGUUUUCAAAGAACUCUGCGAGUAUUUAGAACUCAAUGAAGAAGAUGCUAAACUCAAAUGGAAAAAAAUGGGUGAAGAUGAGAAAUGGGUUUUGGUGAAUGGGUUUGUUACAGAAUUGGGUCAAUUUUUUCAUCCUUUGUCUGAAAAAGCUACCAAAGAAUUGUUGGAAGAAUAUUUGCUACAAGAGAAUCAGCCUCCAAAAGCUUCUCAAAUUUCUUAUCCAUUGUUUCCUUUUGAUAGUAUAAUUGGUUUUCCAUAGAAACAAACUUCAAUGUUCUGUUCUUGUUUUGUAAAAUUGCCAGAAAAAGAAAUUAAAGUCUGUUUUUUUAGGGGCAUGUUUUGAAUUAUUGAUUCUUUUCCUUUUUUUCCUUAGCAUAUUUAUUUAAUCUCAGUUUAAUGUAUGAAGGAUUUGUUGUAUUAGUUCAAGGAAAGAAGUAACAUGUGAAUACAA